GUGUCCUUGGCCCUCCUGCCUCACCUGGUGGCGCCGAAGCGAGACGCCUGGGCCCUUCCUUGCCUCCUACUCCCGCGAGUCGCCCCAUCCUCCUUCCCUGCCUCCCUCCCCGGCGUCAGGGCCCCGCGGAGGCGUGUGCGGCCUUCCCACAGGUGACCUCGCAUCCGCCACGGACACAUCCCGGGAAACAGGACCGGGAAGAAUGGAUGUUUUGUGGGCGAAGAUGAGCUUUGGUGUUUCCUGCCUCUCCCUGCAAGGUCACCAUAACUCACUGCAACAUUUCUUGGGGAAUCAUCCAGAAUGGUGGAAACAGCAGCUUGACCGCCUCUCGUCUCUCGGUCUUGGCCCCCGAGACACCCAAUAACGCGGACCGGACUCAGGUGCCAAUGGAGAGUUUUGAGUGAGUGGGAAAGACCUCUCCGGGUGGACACGGAAGUUGAACCCUGAGCACAAUGGAACCCAAAGAGGUGCAGGAACCAGACCAGGGGAGCUCUGCCCAUCAGACUAGAAAUGGAGAUAGAAGAUUUAAGUGGCAGAGAAUUGACAAUUGAUUCCAUAAUGAACAAAGUGAGAGAUAUUAAAAAUAAAUUUAAAAAUGAAGAACUUACUGAUGAACUAAGCUUGAAUAAAGUAUCUGCUGAUACUACAGAUAACUCGGGAACUGUUAACCAAAUUAUGAUGAUGGCGAACAACCCAGAGGAUUGGUUGAAUUUGUUGCUCAAAUUAGAGAAAAACAGUGUCCCCCUAAAUGAUGCUCUUUUAAAUAAACUGAUUGGUCGUUACAGUCAAGCAAUUGAAGCACUUCCUGCAGAUAAAUAUGGCCAAAAUGAGAGUUUUGCUCGAAUUCAAGUGAGAUUUGCUGAAUUAAAAGCUAUUCAAGAACCAGAUGAUGCACGUGAUUACUUUCAAAUGGCCAGAGCAAACUGCAAGAAAUUUGCUUUUGUGCAUAUAUCUUUUGCACAAUUUGAAUUGUCACAAGGUAAUUUCAAAAAAAGUAAGCAACUUCUUCAGAAAGCUGUAGAACGUGGAGCAGUACCACUAGAAAUGCUGGAAAUUGCCAUACAGAAUUUAAACCUCCAAAAAAAGCAACUGCUUUCAGAAGAGGAAAAGAAGAAUUUAUCAGCAUCUGCAAUAUUAACUGGCCAAGAAUCAUUCUCCAGUUCACUUGGACAUUUACAAAACAGGAACAUCAGUUGUGAUUCCAGAGGUCAGGCUACUAAAGCCAGGUUUUUGUAUGGAGAGAACAUGCCCCCACAAGAGGCAGAAAUAGGUCAUCGAAAUCCCUUGAAACAAACUAACAAAACUAAACGAUCAUGCCCGUUUGGAAGAGUCCCAGUUAACCUUCUAAAUAGCCCAGAUUGUGAUGUGAAGGCAGAUGGUUCAGCUGUGCCAAGUUUCAUAAAAAGACAGAUCUCUGGAUCAGAAUGCCGAGAUUUGAUUGUGGCUGCAUCUAAAUCAAGUGGAAAUGAUUCUUAUGAAUUGAGAAAUUUAAAGUCUAUUCAAAAUAUCUAUUCCAAGGAACCUCUGGUGUCAGAUGAAAAGAGUUCUGAAUUCAUUACUGAUUCAGUAACCCUGAAGAAUAAAAUGGAAACAAGUCUUCUAACUAAAUUAGAAGAAACUAAAGAACAUCAAGAACCAAAGGUUCCAGAAAGUAAACAAAAACUAUGGCGAUCUAAGAGAAAGUCAGAAUGUGUGAACCAGAAUUCUGUUGCAUCUUCAAGUCAGUGGCAGAUUCCAGAGAUAACCCGAAAAGUUGAUAUAAAGCAGAAACAUGUCACUUUUGAGCAACCUGUCUUUUCAGUUUCAAAGCAGUCACCACCUAUAUCGGCAUCCAAAUGGUUUGAUCCAAAAUCUAUUUGUAAGACACCAAGCAGCAAUACCUUGGAUGAUUACAUGAGCUGUUUUAGAACCCCACUUGUAAAGAAUGACUUUCCACCUGCUUGUCAGUUGUCAACACCUUAUAGUCAGCUUGCCUAUUUCCAGCAGCAACAGCAGCAAAUUCCCUCUACGCCACUUCAGAAUUUACAGAUUUCAGCAUCCUCUUCAACAAAUGAAUGCAUUUCAGUUAAAGGAAAAAUCUAUUCUAUAUUAAAGCAGAUAGGAAGUGGAGGUUCAAGUAAGGUAUUUCAGGUGUUGAAUGAAAAGAAACAGAUAUAUGCUAUAAAAUAUGUGAACUUAGAAGAAGCAGAUAGCCAAACUAUUGAUAGUUACCGGAAUGAAAUAGCUUAUUUGAAUAAACUGCAACAACAUAGUGAUAAGAUCAUCCGACUUUAUGAUUAUGAAAUCACAGACCACUACAUCUACAUGGUAAUGGAGUGUGGAAAUAUUGAUCUUAAUAGUUGGCUUAAAAAGAAAAAAUCUAUCAAUCCAUGGGAGCGCAAGAGUUACUGGAAAAAUAUGUUGGAGGCAGUUCACACAAUCCAUCAGCAUGGCAUCGUUCACAGUGAUCUGAAACCUGCUAACUUUCUAAUAGUUGAUGGAAUGCUAAAGCUAAUUGAUUUUGGGAUUGCAAACCAAAUGCAACCGGAUACAACAAGUAUCGUUAAAGAUUCUCAGGUUGGCACGGUUAAUUAUAUGCCACCAGAAGCUAUCAAAGAUAUGUCUUCCUCAAGAGAGAAUGGGAAAUCCAAGUCAAAGAUAAGCCCCAAAAGUGAUGUUUGGUCUUUAGGAUGCAUUUUAUACUAUAUGACUUAUGGGAAAACACCAUUUCAGCAUAUAAUUAAUCAGAUUUCUAAAUUACAUGCCAUAAUUGACCCUAAUCAUGAAAUUGAAUUACCUGAUAUCCCAGAGAAAGAUCUUCAAGAUGUUUUAAAGUGUUGUUUAAUAAGGGACCCUAAACAGAGGAUAUCCAUUCCUGAGCUCCUGGCACAUCCAUAUGUUCAAAUUCAAACUCAUCCAGGUAACCAAGUGGCUAAGGGAACCACUGAAGAAAUGAAAUAUGUUCUGGGACAACUUGUUGGUCUGAAUUCUCCUAACUCCAUUUUGAAAGUUGCUAAAACUUUAUAUGAGCACUAUAGUAGUGGUGAAAGUCAUGAUUCUUCGUCUUCUGAGACUUUUGAAAAAAAAUGGGGAAAGAAAUGAUUUGCAGCUACUUGUAAAUUGUCAAAUAAUACCUAUAAAAUAUAUUGGACUGUUAUACUUUUGAUUCUCUGUGGAAAUCUACUCUCGAAGACAUCUUCGCUCUGGAACAUUAUCAGCAAAAAAAUAUCCUCAGAAGAAAACUAUAAAAAUGACAACCACUAAUGUCACUGUGUAUAUUAAAUUGUAGAAUUGUUUUCUCUUUUUUAUGCUUUCCUGUAAAUUUAAUCUAUUUGAUAGCAUUUCACACUUGGAGUAGUGGGUGAACAACUGAAAUAUAUUCUGAAGAACUAUGUAAAUAAAGCUUUGCAACAUAAAAUGGCACUAAAAUUUCAAAGUUGUGCAAUUUUCUUCAAGCAGAUGUAUUGUUGGCAUGGCAGCAAAGUUCUUAAUUAAUAAAAAUUGGAUUAAAGGGAAGAUGUGGGAGUAGACCUUAGUAAAUGAACUUUGAAAAAAAAAUCCUGAAAGCUUUGAGUUCUGAAAUAGAUUUCCUAAUUAUUGAUGACACUGGUAUAGUCCAUAGUUUUAGGGCUGCACUUGGCUCUUUCAGUUCUCCCUCUGUUUCCUCAUAGUAUCUAUUGGUUUUGGUGUGUAGAACAUUAUGCUGGAUUUUGUUGUGUAAGUUUUAUAUGUCAUGCCCUUGUUGUAUGACUUGCUUGGUAAUAAGUAAUUAUAAAUGUGACCCAGGGUCUCUCUGCUGAAUCUUAUAGCUUUAAUUAAAGGUAUCAUCACACAGUA